AUGGGUGAUUCGAUCAAGAAGCCUCUGCUCGCCGAGCCCAUGCACAGAACUGUCAAAUGGUUCGACUUGAGGAACGGCUAUGGAUUCAUCAACCGGAACGACACCCACGAGGAUGUCUUCGUUCAUCGCUGGGCCACCAGUCACAAUAAGCCACAAAGAGUAAUUCGCAGCUUAAGCGAUAGUGAGGUGGUCAAACUUGACGUCGUUCUUGGAGAUAAAGUCUGCGAGGCGGCCAACGUGACCCUGCCUGAUAACGAAUCCGUUCCAGGAGAUCUAGGGCCACCACUACAGGAGAAGAAAGACCUUCCCGACAUCAGGCGUCUCCUACCACAGCCUUCAGGCCCCAUACUGACUUGUUUUAACCAAAGGAUCUGCUGUGGCAUUAGAGGUAUACCACGGAACCCUCUUCAAAAUGACCUUCGCAGGGCGUAUGAAUACGAAGGCCAUGACGUCAAAGACCAGCAAGCUUCAACCAACCGAUGUCGAUGCGCUCCUCUUCCGGAGCUUGACCCUGAAGGACGCUGCAUUGCGCUCCAGGACCUCGAAGGGGCCAUCGUUGGGUCGCUGCAAGGGCUCAUACUCAGGCCAGACAACUGA